UCAAUUCCACUUUUAUCAGAUUAUCAUGUCACGCUCCAUGCUGUUGUUGUUAAUCCUGCUGGGUAUAUUAUUGCUCAAUUGUCAAGAGACACUUGGUCGGAGAGGACGAGGAAGGAGCAGGAGCAAGUCCCGCGUGCAGAUCGGAUUGCCCAUUACCGGGAAGUACCGUGAUACGGAGAGCGAUCAGUAUUACAACAAUAACAACGGAGCCAAGAUACUGUUAGCGUCGCAUUUCGAUCUGGAAUACGUCCUGGGACACAAAAUAGCUUUUCUCUGCGUUGCCCGCGGCAAUCCACGCCCGCAUAUUACAUGGUUCAAAGAUGGUGCCGAGAUUUAUACGCAUCACUAUCUACAUAUACACGAGUGGCAGGUCGGUCCUGACAAAGUAAAAUCGAAGAUCGAGAUCGACCCAGCUACCCAGAUGGACGCGGGAGUCUACGAAUGCACGGCGGACAAUAUGUAUAGCAUCGAUCGAAGGUCUUUCAAGACUGACUUCUCCAUCGCUUUCGAUUAAUGCGUGCGUACGAGAGAGAAACAAACAAUUAGAUUUAAAAAAAAACAUAUAAAGCCCAGGCAAUACGUAAGCUUUUUAUGUUAGACUCUAAAAAACGGUAGAUGCCACGAAAACGACGAUAUGUAUUGUCAUUGUACAACUCGUUGGAAGGAAACUGACUUGUCUUAGUCUGGAAUGCGAGAGAUUGUUCUUGUGCAGCGUUGAAAUCGACAUCUAUCCAGAAUAAUAAUCUACGCUUCUUCUCUUCUUUUUUUUUCAAGCGAUUGACACAUUCUACGAUUGUAGUCCGUUCAAGGGAAAAAAUAUAAAGAUUUGACAUUUGUA